GGACUAAUAAAGUUUUGUAUGUCACGUGACCAUCGUUGUAAUGGCUGCGCUCUGGUGACAUGUGAGUUAACUUUAGCAGCCUUCCGAAUAAGAAUUUCAGAGUUAAGGAAAAUGAAGCCAAAGGGUACAAACAAACGAAGAUUCUUCACGCCGAAGCAAAAGUCGGAUAAUAGGGGAAUUCAUAUAAAAGGUAAAUGGAAAGCAGUAGACCUCGACCCAAGUAUAUUCUCCGAUGAAGGAAUGGGCGGCCUGGUGUGUUUCGAGGAGCUGACGGAUUACAGUUUGGUAGAUUCGCAGAGUCUCGCCUCAAACUUGGUAAAAAAAGAAAAGAAACCCAAGAAACGAAAACCGAGUGAGACGGAGCAGGAUGACGGGGAAUUUGACAUGGAGGGUGACGUAGACCAAGAUGCAACCAGAACAUCCGAUGAAACAACAAAAACAUCAGAUAAACCAGCAAAAAAGAAAAUCAAAAAGGCCAAAGUAGCAGAUGAGGCAACCAAAACAUCAGAUAAACCAGCAAAAAAGGAAAUCAAAAAGGCUAAAGUUGCCGCGCCUGAGAUUAUUUCCGCGGAUGUUGAUGGAGAUGAUCAGGUACUGGUUAGUAAGGAAAAGGUAGAGAAUAGAGCUUCUAACGAAGAGUGCGCUGGAGGUGAAGAUUCAAAAAAUGAUGUGCAGUCAGAAGUGGAGACAACGAUUGAAAAAAAGAAGAAGAAGAAAAAGAAGCAAAAGGCCACAGAGACACAACCCGAAACAUUGCCAGAGGCUAAAGUAGAGGUUGAGGUUAAAGUUCUUCCAAAAAAACAACCAUCUAAGGACAAGGCGAAUAAGCUCCCUAAAAUACAAAAGAAUUGGACAAAUGCUGCACUUUCUGGCUCCAGCAACCAAAACGUGGAUGUGAGCGCUUGGAAGGACCUUUUUGUUCCAGCACCCGUGUUGAAGGCCCUUAGCCAUCUUGGGUUUGCUUCACCAACACCUAUCCAAGCCCUGGCACUGCCGUCCGCUAUUAGAGACCGCAUGGAUAUAGUGGGGGCCGCGGAGACGGGAAGCGGUAAAACCCUUUCUUUUGCCAUCCCGAUGAUCCACACCAUCCUGGAGUGGAAGAAGAGCGCUCCAGAGAAAGAUGAUGACAUGCAAUCAGAGAGUCCAGUCGUACCUGAUGCUGAGAAGGGGGAUGAUGCCCGAUCCGUGACUGAGGAGGAGCCUAACACUGAGGCUCCUCCUCCUCAAGAUUUGGAGGACGUCGAAGGAGAUCUCACUGAGGAUGAGAACGACGAUGGAACUAAAAUGGGAUGUGUUAAGGUCAUUGACAAUGUCGAAUUUGACUUUGAAGAUACUGCAGAAGAUAUCCCAUCCGGACUUCGUUUUCAGCCUCUGCUUGGACUCGUGAUCGCCCCAACCAGGGAGCUGGCGGUCCAGGUCAAACAUCAUAUAGACGCGGUCGCACAAUUCACUGACAUAAAGGCGGCUAUAAUUGUCGGUGGAAUGUCACAACAGAAACAAUCACGCAUGCUCAAGCGCCAGCCAGAGAUCGUCAUAGCGACUCCCGGACGCCUGUGGGAGUUGAUCAAGGAGGGACACCCGCAUCUGCUCACCCUCAGGCACCUCAAGUGCCUUGUGAUCGAUGAAGCCGAUCGCAUGGUAGAGCGCGGACACUUCGCUGAGCUGGAGAGCAUCCUGGAGAUGCUGAGCACCACCUACUUCAACCCCAAGCGGCAGAUGUUUGUGUUCUCGGCCACCCUGACCAUGGCCGCCAGCGUGCCCUCGCGGCUCCUGCAGAAGAAGCGGAGGUUGGACACCAGGAGCAAGCUGGAGAUCCUCAUGCACAAAGUGGGGAUCAAGUCCAAGCCGAAGGUCAUCGAUCUGACCCGGAAGGAAGCGACGGUGGAGACGCUGAUAGAGACCCAGAUCCACUGCGACAAGGACGACAAGGACUUCUACCUCUACUACUUCCUGCUGCAGUACCCCGGCCGAACCAUGGUGUUCGCCAACAGCAUUGACUGCAUCAAGAGGCUCAACUGCCUGCUGGUCAUCUUGGACCGCACGCCGCUGCCUCUGCACGCCAACAUGCACCAGAAGCAGCGUCUCAAGAACCUGGAGAGGUUUGCUGAGAGGGAUAGUUGUGUUCUUUUGACGACGGAUGUCGCGGCCCGAGGACUGGACAUCCCCAACGUUCAGCAUGUUGUUCACUACCAGGUUCCAAGGACAUCGGAGACGUACGUUCACCGCAGCGGCCGGACAGCAAGAGCCACCAAAGAAGGUCUGAGUUUGCUCAUAAUAAGUCCAGACGAUAUGCUCAACUACAAGAAGAUCUACAGGGCUCUUGGAAAGGAUGAAGAAGAAGUCUCUAUGUUCCCAGUACAGAACAAAUGCAUGGAUGUCAUCAAGGAGAGGGUGGGCUUGGCCAGAGAAAUUGAGAAGAUAGAGUUCCAUAACGGCAAAGAGAAGAGCCACAACUCCUGGUUCAGAAAAGCAGCCGAGGACCUGGAAGUAGACUUGGAUGAUGAUGUUUUGAUGGGCAGAGGAAGAGACGAACAUGACGACCGCCAGCAGCAGAAGAUGGUGAAGGGCAUGAAGAAGCACUUGAAGUACUUGCUCUCGCAGCCAGUGUUCAAGCACGACAUCCGGACCAAGUACCCCACCCAGAUGGGCAAGCUCUCCCUGCCUGUGAUGCCUCGGGCAGGUGUGGAGUCGGCCAUCACCAGUGUCUCAAAACAGCCCAAGAAACCAAGACAGAAGAAGGCUAAACAGCAGCAAUGAGCAUUGACGGAAACACUUUUAUUUGCGGACAGACACGUGAGAAAUGUCUUUUUACGUCCAGGAAUAUUUUAAACAACCUUUUUGAAGACAAUAUUGUGCAAAAUUAUAUCUCUGUAUGUUUUACAAUCACUGUACAAUUACAUUAUGGUAUGAAAGGCAUUUGUUUAUGACUUUUUCUUAAAUCCUUUUGAUGUUUAUACAUCCGAUGAACAGCCCUUAGAUGGCUGGAGUCUUUGGUGGACAGCAGUGGUCAGAGUUUGGAACGCAGAUAGAGUAUGUCGUAGUGGGAGGUGUGGUAGAGAAGAUGCAGGGAGGGCUCUGCCCCCUCUGGAAUGAUGUGGUGAACCAGCCGAUGGUCGUGGCCCUCCAUGGACACUACGUGGAUGCCAACAUCCAGGGCCUUCAGUAGAGCCAAGAUGUCUACGUGAUCGCACUCCAUCGCCAUCGUCUCUACUUCCUUAAAGAAUGCCAUUUUGGAUUUCAUGGCCCGGUUAGCAGUACAACAAUGUUUACCGAAUAAUGUUAUUGAUGCGUUGUCAUUACAUCCUAAAUGAUUUGCACUACUCGGUCACAAGAGGGCAGCAACACUGUUACUAACUUGUUUGCAGUAGGUUUUCAGGCAAGGUGCUUCUACAAAGUUACAGAAGAAGUCUGCGUUGUUUUGUAGGUAGGUGGACGUGAGCAGUCGCAGAUACUGGACGACGCUGUCGGAGGUAGAUUGCUCAUUGAAGAGUGUGAGCAACGUCUCUUCUUUCUCAUCUGCCUGGCAUUGCUCCACAACGUCUAUGACCUAAAGAGAGAGGGUAUUAGUUUGUCACGCUAAAAUUAUUUAUAACUAAGAAUUCACUUGAAGUGAUAAAACAAGAGUAUAGGCUUGAUCAUAUUUUGCAACAUAAAGCACUGCUAAUUCACUUUAUUCAGGUGACCAUUAAAGGCAGUCUCAUCCAAUCCUGCCGAGGACAGCUCUCCUCUGCUCUUCAUCAGUCUAACCUUGAAUCUGAAAAUGUAAACCAACAGAUAAGUCAACCUAUUUGACAACAUAGCCGAUUAAAUGUUACGCUGUGCUUAUUCUAAUAUUUAGGGCUGACCUCUGCAAAAUCCUGUCAUUUUUGUGAAUCGACUCCAGGUAUGCAAAACAGAAGGCACGGUAGAAGCAAUUCCCAUCCCCACGAAUCUUUCUUACGUAAGCAUACUGGUCACUUAAAUCCUGAAAAGAAACAACGGGUCAGAUGGUGUUCACUGCGACCCCCUUCCCCUGAGUGCAGCAACCCGACUGUAGAUGAGGCGUACAUUGUAUUUGUCAUCCGGCGUUUUCUCCAGGAACACCGAUGAAAUGUCCUCUCGACCUGACACGAAGCUGGGUGGCUCCAUCAUCCGAUGUGAGAAGAAGACCAGCAGAAAAACAACCAGCCGAUCACUAACAACCAGCAGAUCACCAACAACCGUCCUAACAACCAGAGCUACAUACCGCACCCGGAAUGUGGGGUUACCACGGUCACUAUUUCAGCACUUGUGAUGUGCUAUUGUGGUACAAUAAGUUAGCGACAUAUGAACUCUGACGCAGGACAUUCAA